GCUGCGCCACGCCGCACAGCUGCUGAGCGCGCGAGUUUAUCAACAGCGACUGCUCUAUGAACUUGACAGGGUACUUCACGGAUAAUUUAAUAAUAAUCAUAAAAGUGAUUGCACAUUAAACAACGUUGACUUUAAAUAAUAACAGAGAAGCAAUGCAGAGGCCAUUUGAUCGCCUUGCAGCGCAGAUGCAAGAUUUAACCGGAGAUGGAGGAGUUUUAAAACGGGUCAUUAAACCUGGCGAAGGGCCUCUUGUCCCAAGAGAUGCUUCCGUUCUAGUUAAACUUUCAGGAUAUCUGGAGUACGCUGACGAACCUUUCGAGUCGACAAGUAAAUACAAAUACCCAAGAAUGAUGAAACUAGGCAGAGAUGUGACUGUGAUGGGACUGGAGGUUGGUCUCCUUACCAUGCAGAAGGGCGAGCUGGCCAAUUUCCUGUUGAGACCAGAGUAUGCAUAUGGCAAGAUGGGCUGCCCACCACUCAUCCCAUCCAAUGCAACUGUGUUUUACGAGGUUCACAUGAACGACUUCUUUGACUCUGCCAAAGUUGACGAAUUCUUUGAAUUAUCCCCGGGGGAACAGAAUGAUGUAGCUUUAGCCACAACACUUGAUGUUGUCAACACACUGCGUCUGUUUGGAAACCGUUGCUUCAGACAGUCUCGCUUCGAGGAUGGCAAGGACCGUUACAAACAGGGCAUGACCAUACUGCAGAACCGAGAGGUGGAGAGUGAAGAGGACAAGAGGAGUGUGGAUGAGGCACUGGUGCCGAUCCUGCUCAACCUGGCCCUGACGUACGACCGACUGGGGAAAGCCACCUCGUCCCUCAAGUACGGCCAGAGGACUCUGGAAAUAGACCCCGGCAAUGUCAAAGCUCUUUAUCGCUGUGGCCAGGCUUAUCUUGAACUAGAAGACUAUGAGAAGGCUACAGAGUUCCUGUUGAAGGCCCAGAAAAAAAGUCCAUAUAACAAGGACAUCAACAACUUGCUGAUGAAACUUCAAGAGUCCUACAGUGUCUGCUUGGAGAAGGAGAAAGAAAUGUGCUCCAAAAUGUUUGCGAACCUGAGGAUGCCAUCCAGAAACUGAAAGUACUUAAUAUGAUGAUAAAUUGACAACUUUUUAAGCAAUGUUGCCAGGCAAACACUAAUCUGACUUUUGCCAGACGAAUGUAGUUCCACCUUGCUCAACACAUCUGGGAAAGCUGCAUUGGAGCCGGGGGCUUAUUCAGUUAAGAGAAAAACAUCCCUGCUAUAACGGCCAACUAUAAAGACCCUCUCUGUAUGCAUUCUUCAAAUGCAUUUUCUGUUCAUGUUUUAAAGGGAGGGUAUAUAAUUGUUUUAGUAGUUUACUUAUAGAAUGUAUGCUGCCCAUUCACAAAUGUUACCUUUCCACUACUUUCCACUACCAUCGAUUUAUAAGUGUCUGUUAUGACUGGGUAAAUGACACUUUAAGUCGCCAAAUAUGUGUUAGUAAAGUGGCCUGACAACAUUGUGUUUUUUUAAGUUGUGAUGGUUAAAGGACCAGUUCAGUCAAUUUCAACAUGCAGUUGUAAUGCUCUCACUACCCUAGACUUCUCAGUACCUGAGUUUUUUUUUUCUCCGAGAUCUUGGUCAUUGUAAUGGGGGCAGCGCUUUGUUUACAUUUCAAAAAAGCAUUUUUAUUUAUUUCCAAAAACAUCCGAAAGGUUAUACAACAUCAGUUGACAACUAGCAAACAGCGGUACCUUUUGGGAAAAUAUUUGGAGUAGGCCUAUGUAAAAAAAAAAAAAAAAAAUGUAAACAAACGCUGCCCCCAUUAGAAUAGCUCAUAUGUCGGAAAGGGCUUAGUCGAAAAAUUUGGCAUCACCGGGUACUGACAGUCAAGGGUAGCGUGAGCAAUACAACUGCGUAUUGAAAUUGACUGAACUGGUCCUUUAAUUGUCAACCUUAGAAAGAGCUGAUUUGCUCCUGGAGUUAUUGCACUCACUACCUCACAACUUUUUCUGUGAAGAGUGGAAAUCAAGCUGAAUCUAAAUGCACAAUCUGUUUUGUUACAUUGUCAAUGUUUAAUCUUUAAAAUCUUCUCGCACUGUAUACUGUAGCUGUGGAUCAAAGUCAACAAUUAAUUUUAAUUAAUUCUAGUUGUAUACAUUUAAUAAUUGUUUGUCUUCCUGGCAGUGGAUUAAGUACUAUUAUAAUUGUUUAUUAUGUAAAGAUUUACUUCAGAUCACAGCAAGAGUGAUCUACACUUGACACUUGGUUUUGAAAAGCCAGGCUGUUCUCUCUUGUAACCUCUAGAGGGCAGAAUUGGCCUUGGUCUAAUGUUGACUUUUUGAAAUACUGAACAGGGUGAACAAACGUCUUUUCACUUGCUCUUUUCAUUUAUUGGGGAAAGUUCUCCCUUUAUUUUCAUAGAACUGAAGUUUUGGUUAAAAUGAAAAAAAGUAAAAUCAGUUUUGAUAUCUGCACUCUGAUUGU